CGAAAUAUGUAUAAAUGUUAUAUCUAGCAAUAUAAAAAAACAAAUGACGAGAGCUAUACCAUACUCCUUUCUAAAGACGGUCUUCCUGUAUAAAAAAUACGAGGCAGACUGGGGUAGCUGUGUGUCCAAGUGCGAGAUGGUUUAUGGGUAGAUGAUCCAAGAUGGCGACCGCCUUGGCUCAAAUAGCGCAAGCACAACAAAAACAGUCCUCCGGGGCAGCCGAUCGGUCUCUUCGGUCGGUCUUCGUUGGCAACAUUCCUUAUGAAGCAUCUGAGGAGCAACUUAAGGAGAUCUUCUCUGAAGUUGGCCCCGUCAUUAGCUUCAGAUUGGUGUUUGAUCGAGAGACAGGGAAGCCAAAGGGUUAUGGCUUCUGUGAGUACAAGGACCAGGAGACAGCCCUCAGCGCCAUGCGUAACCUGAAUGGGUAUGAGCUGAAUGGGCGGGCGUUACGGGUCGACAGUGCUGCUUCUGAAAAGAAUAAGGAGGAAAUAAAAAGCAUGGAGAUGACCGCCCGUCCAGAGGUUAGUCCGUACGGACAGCCGGUACCACCUGAGGAAGCACCUGAGGCCAUCACCCAGGCGGUUGCCAGCCUGCCGCCUGAGCAAAUGUUUGAGCUCAUGAAACAGAUGAAGGUUUGCAUCCAGAGCAACCCAGAAGAGGCGCGGCAGAUGCUAUUGCAAAACCCCCAACUGGCGUAUGCACUGCUACAGGCACAAGUUGUCAUGAAAAUUGUAGACCCUGUCAUAGCCCAGAGUAUUCUCCAUAGACCCAAUGAAAUGCCUGGAGCCAUCCAACCAGGGGGGGCACCUCUGCAAGGGGGUCCACCCCAGGGCGAGUCUCAUGGACAACCUGGACCCCCUGCCCUCCUGCAACAGGGACCCCCUGGCCCGCCAUUCCAUGGGGAGCCCAGACCACCCCCUCACCAUGACAUGAGAGGACCCCCAGAUCAAUGGGUCCCUGGUCCAGAACAAAGAAGGGACAAUAUGAGAGGGCCUGGAAUGCCCCCAGACAUGCAUGGCCCCCCUGACAGAGGCCGCCAUGAUAGAGGCCCUCCUCAUGACCACAGGGACUUCCAUGGGCCACCAGAUGGCCCACAUGGGCAAAGAAUGCAGCACCAUGACAUUAGAGGGCCGGAUCCCAGAGGUCCAGACUUCAGGGGCCCUCCUCGCGACAGAUUUGGUGACCGUGACAUCAGGGGUUUCGACUCAAGGGACCCCCGCGGUGGUAGAGACCCAAGGGAUGAGAGGAGAGGACCCCCAAUGGACCACAGGGAUCCCAGAGGACCUGACAGGUUUGGCCCAGGGGGCCCCAGGGACCCACGCGAUAGGGGGCCUCCUCCAGACAGAUACCACGGAGGACCCAACUCCUCACCACAAACUCACUGGGGCCCCCCUCAAGGCGACAGAGGGCCAAGGGGUCCGCCUUCUGGUGUACCCACCUCCGGAGGGCCCCCACCUGGACACCAGGGCCUUCGUCCCAGUGGUCCAAAUAACCAGGGACCCCCUGGACCUGGGCCUAAUAUGCCCCCUGUGAGUGGGCCUUCAAAUCCUGCCCCAGGGGGAGGGGAUCUCUCCGCACAGGACCAGGAGAAGGCGGCUCUGAUCAUGCAAGUCCUUAGUCUGACAGACGAACAGAUUGCACUUCUACCAGAAGAACAACGACAGAGCAUCCUUAUGCUAAAGGAGCAGAUAGGCAGAACCACAUAGGACCACUUUACACCCCUACACCACGCCCAUGGAAUUACAAUACUUGGCUAUAGGGCCACUUCCCUAAACCAUACCCACCCCCAACAUAGACUGAGAAAAACAGUACUGCCUUAGGUAAAAACACAUAGGGUCACUUAACGUCCCUUCACCACGCCCAUCCCCACAUGGAAGUACACUACUCGACUGAGAAAAACAGUACUGCCUUAGGUAAAAACACAUAGGGUCACUUAACGUCCCUACACCACGCCCAUCCCAACAAGGAAUCACCCUAUUGAGAAAAACAACACUGUCAACCUCUUAUAUGACGUUAAGGAAAUGGAAUAAUUUAUGUUUAUUGUACACAGCUGGCUCUGGGUGGUACUCAUUAAGCUUGAGUCACUAUAAUUUGAAUUUCCAUGAUUUUUUAACCAUGUUCUGAAUUUCCUUGUUUUGUUUUUUUUUGCUCAAGUUGCAGUAGCUGAACUCAAAUUAGCACAAAAUCCAUUAGUGUAAUAUUACACCGAGAGAAGCCUAUAUUACAUCAUGUUUUUCA